AACAGAAAUAACUUCACUCUCAGAUCCGAUUGCUUUGGAAUAAUGGCAUUAGAACACGCGCAUCACCCGGCAAACUAAGCGUAUCUCCUGGCUUGAACAGGAAAGACACCCAGCCGACCCCGUCAGAAAGGACCCCACGUCAGCACUGUGAAGGAAUACAGCGCAACGCGGGGUAGCCCAGCAUGGCCACUAUUACCGAUCUUACUUCUUGCGGCAACCGCGACUAAUUUAACAAGACCAGGUCCUUGGGAGAUGGAUAUGCCGUAUGUUCCCGAACUUCGCUUCUUUAGAUAUAAUCAGAAGCUUCGUGGCCAAAUACCAACCCACGGCAACUUCAACAAUUUCAUCCCACCAUGUCUGAUUUCAGAGGUGUCGAUCUUACCGGUAAGACAGCGAUUGUCACCGGCGCUUCACGGGGAAUUGGCGCCGCGAUUGCGAAACAACUUGGGAGGCGAGGAGCCAAUGUUGUCGUCAACUUCGUGACAGACAGCAGUCACCAGCGGGCUGAAGACAUCGUCAAGGACAUCCAACAACACGGAUCGAAUGCCAUUGCGAUCCAGGCAGAUGUCGGGAAACUAUCUGGAGUUUCUAAACUCGUUGACGCCACGCUGAAGUUUAGCGAAUCGGGCAAAAUCGAAAUAUUGGUUCAUAACGCGGCUUUGGGUGUUGACGCCAACCUCGAUGAAGUCACCGAAGACUUGUACCUCACCCACUUUGACACCAAUGUAAAGGGACCAAUUUUUCUGACCAAAGCUGUCGUGCCGCACAUUGCCCGAGGCGGUCGAAUUGUUUUUGUUUCUUCUGCAGCGGCUCGUCUCGGAGUCGCUGGACAAACCGUAUACGCUGCUACAAAAGCGGCGAAUGAGGCACUUGCGCGUGUGUGGGCCAAAGAGCUUGGUCAAGAGCAUGGCAUUACUGUCAAUUGCGUCAAUCCUGGCCCAGUGGCUACUGAUCAGUGGAACGAAAGCGAUGACCAGUUUAGAAAAGACAUGGAGCCCCUGAUUGAGUCUACACCGGCUGCGGCGAGAAUCGGAGAAGUGGAUGAUGUCGCACCCCUCGUAGCAUUCCUUUGCAGCAGUGACGCUCGGUGGACUACUGGGUCCGUCCUCUGUGCAAAUGGGGGUUUGUAUAACUAGACCAGAAGUACGCCGUCGACAUCAGAUGCGUCGAUCAACGAGGAGUUGAUUAUCAUUGCAAUCUUGGGAGAACUCCGAUAUUAAAUGACAUAUCACGUCAACUGCUGAAUCAUAGUUUGGCCUUUCCAGACACGCUGAUGUGCCUGUAACUCUAUUCAGUCCCUGCGUCGCUUCCGUCUGGUCUUUGCCAACCCAUGUCUGAGUGGGUAUUUUAACUAUCACAGUUGGGAAGGCUGGAUUACAACAAUCAAAUGACAGUUUCUUCUAUGUU